UAUCGCAAUGACAACGCAUGUAUGCGAAUUAUCUCGAUAUAUUAUACGAAACCAAAUAUUAUAUUCGACACUACAGUUUUUAGACAAGAACAAAAAUGUCGUUCUCAGGCAAGAAAUUCAGAAGAGUGCGAUCAGAAAAUAUUGAAGAAAUAGUUAAAGCUACCAGCACAGAUGAAAGAGUAAUACAUAUGUUGACAAGCAACGCACCAAUCUUCUCCUUCACUCGUAUCGAUGAGGACCACUUCAACUUCACACUGCAGAUGAGCAACAGAACCAUGACACAUGACUUCAAGCUGGGAGAGGAACAUGAAAUGGAGAGGCGAGAUGGCUCCAAGGUUAGACUAACAUAUACGUUAGAAGGUGACAACGUUUUAAAACAAGUCAUCAUACCGAAAGAUGGAAGAGUAGCGUACUUCAGGCGAGAUUUUGGAGAAAAAGAAGCUAAAAUGACAAUCACAAUGGAAGGCACAGAUAUAAAAGCGACAGUAUACUAUGAACAGGUUGAAUAACAUUUACGACAGCCUCGUGUAAUAUAAUUCUACAUCUCUACACAUAUUACUAUAUAAUAAGGACAUUUGUUAAACAAAAAACGAAAAAAAGUAUGGAUAUUUUGACUGCCACUGACUGGUACGUAUGUAUGGAUGGAUAACUCAAAAAAAAAAAUGUUUUAAAUUUGGAAUUCCUUAUUAUGUAUAUAGCAAUACGGAAUAAAAAUAUGUAUAUCUUAAAAUAUAAGGCCUUAAA